CGGCGGGGCUGACCAUGCACUUAUGAGGAGGCCAGUUCCCCGAGAAGUCUGGCCUUUUCUUCGCUGCUGCUGCCGCCUCUUCGCCCUCGGAGCUCUCCCAGGAUACCUCUGAGAUUUCCCGAGUCAGGAGCUCGAGGGCCCGCUCAGCCCUCCUGCUCCCGCUCUUCCUCGUCAGCCUGCGCCGCGAGCAGCCACCCUGACCGCUCCUGGCGCGGUGGACCGGGCAAACAUCCCAGGUGUAGGACCGUCGUCCUUAGCCCCAAUGCCUCCGCGAGAAGAGUUAAAUGUGUACCCGUGGUUGGAGCUGUGGAGGUGUCCCCCGGUGGAAAGUGCAGCCAGAACACCACUCGCUGUUAAGUUUUAUGUGCGCUCGUUGCACACCGUGUGUGAGUCUGGUAUAAUUUGGCUUCCUGAGAUUCUGUCUUAGCAAGAAGGCAGUGGGAAAUCCUCUUGGAAAGAAAACUAAAAUUCUGGGGAAGGCAGAAUUUAUUUUUACAUGGUUGUCAGCUUACUUACCAAUAUGGACACCUUUCCCAACAUUCUCCCUCCUGCUGGAGAUGGUGGAUUGACUAGUUCUCAAUCUGAGUUCCAAAAAAUGUUAAUUGAUGAAAGGUUACGAUGUGAACAUCAUAAAACAAAUUAUCAGACUCUGAAAGCUGAACAUACAAGGUUGCAGGAUGAGUACAUAAAGUCACAAAAUGAACUCAAGCGACUAUUAAAUGAAAAGCAAACUCACCAGGAAAAAUUUCAGCUGCUGCUUGAAGAGCUAAGAGAGGAAUUAGUAGAAAAAACUAAAGACUUAGAGGAAAUGAAGCUGCAGGUAUUAACUCCACAAAAACUGGAAUUGUUAAGAGCCCAAAUACAACAAGAAUUAGAAACUCCAAUGAGAGAGCGUUUUCGGAAUCUAGAUGAAGAAGUGGAAAAGUAUAGAGCUGAAUAUAAUAAGCUUCGUUAUGAACAUACAUUUCUCAAAUCAGAAUUUGAACACCAGAAAGAAGAAUUUGGACGUAUUUUAGAAGAAGGAAAAAUAAAAUAUGAGUCAGAGAUUGCAAGACUGGAGAAAGAUAAAGAAGAAGUACAUAACCAGCUGCUUAGUGUUGACCCCACAAGAGACAGCAAAAGAGUGGAGCAACUUGUUCGAGAAAAAAUCCAUUUAUGUCAGAAAUUAAAAGGUUUAGAGGCUGAAGUAACAGAAUUAAGGGCUGAAAAAGAGAAUUCUGGUGCUCAGGUAGAAAGUGUCCAAAGAAUACAGGUGCGGCAGUUGGCUGAGAUGCAGGCUACAGUUAGAUCCCUAGAGGCUGAAAAACAGUCAGCUAAACUACAGUCUGAACGUUUGGAAAAAGAGCUACAAUCAAGCAAUGAACAAAAUACUCUUUUAAUCAGUAAAUUGCAUAAAGCUGAACGAGAAGUAAAUAUAUUGACCAGUAAAGUAAAAGAACUUAAGCAUUCAAACAAACUAGAAAUAACAGACAUCAAACUGGAGGCAGCAAGAGCUAAGAGUGAGCUAGAAAGAGAAAGGAAUAAGAUUCAAAGUGAACUGGAUGGAUUACAGUCAGACAAUGAAAUUCUCAAAUCAGCUGUUGAACACCACAAAGUGCUCUUAGUAGAAAAGGAUCGUGAAUUAAUACGUAAAGUACAAGCUGUCAAGGAAGAAGGUUAUCAAAAACUUGUGGCAUUACAAGAUGAAAAGCUAGAACUUGAGAACAGAUUAGCAGAUCUAGAAAAAAUGAAAGUGGAACAUGAUGUUUGGAGGCAAUCUGAAAAGGAUCAGUGUGAAGAGAAAUUGCGGGCUUCACAGAUGGCAGAAGAGUCGGCCAGAAGGGAACUUCAGAGUAUUAGGUUAAAACUUCAACAGCAAUUGGUGAAUAUUGAAAAUGCAGAAAAAGAAAAAAAUGAAAAUUCUGACCUAAAACAGCAAAUCAGUAGUUUGCAGAUCCAAGUGACCUCACUUGCACAGUCAGAGAAUGAUUUGCUGAAUUCAAACCAAAUGCUGAAGGAAAUGGUGGAGAGGUUAAAACAAGAAUGCCGAAAUUUAAGAAGCCAAGCUGGAAAAGCACAACUAGAAGUUGAAAAGACAUUAGAAGAGAAACAGGUACAGUGGUUGGAAGAAAAGCAUAAACUUCAUGAGCGUAUCACAGACAGAGAAGAAAAGUACAGUCAAGCUAAAGAGAAACUGCAGCGAGCUGCAAUUGCUCAGAAAAAGAGAAAGUCUCUUCAUGAAAACAAAUUGAAGAGACUUCAGGAGAAAGUAGACGUUUUGGAGGCAAAGAGAGAAGAAUUGGAAACAGAAAAUCAGGUGUUAAAUAGGCAAAAUGUUCCAUUUGAAGAAUAUACAAGGAUUCAGAAAAGACUGAAGGAUAUACAGAGAAGACAUAAUGAAUUUCGAAGUUUGAUUUUGGUUCCUAACAUGCCUCCCACAGCAUCCAUCAAUCCUGUUAGCUUUCAGUCAUCAAACAUAGGUCCAGGCAUGGAACUGUCCUUUCCUUCUCAUCUUCAGGAGGAACAGCAUCAAAGGGAACUCUCUCUACUGCGGAAAAGACUAGAAGACCUAGAAACAACACAAAGAAAACAACUAGAGGAACUUGGAUCUCCUGGGGAAUGAUGUUCUUGGAGAAAAGGCAGAUCAAAAGGGGCGAAAUCAGUGACUCAAUAAAGCGUAAAGUUUUAACAUGUGGCAUUUAGAUACUUUAUUACUGUUUGCCAGAACACUUGAAUGUGCCUCAAGGAAAGGUACCAGCUGCAUACUGUAUUUCAUGACUUUUGGGAUUUUAGGAUACCAACAACAAACAAAGCAUUAAAAGAAGCCAUUUCAGAGAGAUUUAGAUUAUCUGUUGACAAUCCUUUGAAAAUAUAAAAAAAAGGAAUUAGGGAAUCAAGUUUUAAAAUUAUUUUAUUUUGUUGAAGUUUUUUGGCAUUUUGCCUGAAAUAUGCCCAUGUUGAAUUCCCUCUUCCUCAUCUUCAGGAUGCUUGGCAACAACAGGGUCUGCAAACAUCUUCUGUUUUACUCUGUACAAGAGUUACAAACCUCUAGUUCUUAAAAAAAAGGAUGAAAAUUUAAAAGUCAGCAUAAAAAAUAAAACUUAGUUACCUAAAUAUAUAUUCAUUACAAAGGCUACCUUUUCUAAAACCUGUGUGCACAUAAUUUAUUACAGAGCUUAAUAAAUAUUUUU